AUGCCAAAAAUAAGUUCUCUUUAUGAGUUAAUCAAACAAAAAUUUCAAGAAAAAGUUGUACACAAAUUUGAUUCUUCUGGUGCAUCUUCCAAACAAUUUUUUGAAGAAUUUUGGGAAAGUGCGGAUGAAUUAGCUACUUUGCAGGAUGGUACUAUGAAAUUUGUUUGGAAUGGUAAAGGAGAAAUAAAGAAAACCUAUGACGAAUUUACUAAAUUGUUCGAGGAAAGAAAAACGGCUCCCGAUAAAAAUGCUGAUAAAUACAAAAUAUUAGAUGUAGUAGAAGAAAUGCCCUUUCUUAAUGUUUCUGAGGAUUUAUUAAAAUGCUUAAAAGAAGACUUGAUUAGAGAGUUAGUAAUUCUUGUUCGCACCCGCAAUAUUGUGAAAGAUAAUCACCCUGAUUUUGACGUGAAUAUUAGUGGUGAUCAUACUCAUAUAGAAAUGGUGAGCAAAGAUUUUCCAGAUAAAGUUUACGUUAUGCUAGAUUAUAAGCCAAGUAGACAUGUGCAAGGAGAAAAUAUUUAUCGCUUCAGGCCAACUGUUAGUGAUUUAGAAGACGAAGACUUUGUCAAAGUUGCUGAGGAGUACCAAAACUACCAAGAGAGACAGCAAAAGGUUCAAAUAAUACAAGAAGAUUUGUCUUAUAGAAAGCUAGGUUCUAGGGGAGAAAAUAAGUAA